CAUGCACUCUAUUUAAGUCCCUAACUCCUCUCCUCACCCCCCAUAAACUAAUAAACCUGGCAUCACUUCUAUACACACAAAUUAACACAGUUCUCUAUCGAUCUUCUUACUUUCUCUGGAAAGAAACAAACACCACCGUGAUCAUCAUGGUUCUCUCCAAAACCGCCUCCGAGAUGGAUGUCUCAAUCCAUUCAACCUUCGCCUCCCGUUAUGUCCGCACCGCACUUCCCAGGUUCAAGAUGGCGGAGCAGUCGAUCCCAAAGGAAGCGGCAUACCAGAUCAUAAACGACGAGCUGAUGCUGGAUGGGAAUCCAAGGCUGAACCUGGCGUCGUUCGUGACAACUUGGAUGGAGCCAGAAUGUGACAAGCUCAUCAUGGCUUCCAUUAACAAAAACUAUGUCGACAUGGAUGAAUACCCUGUCACCACUGAGCUCCAGAAUCGAUGUGUUAAUAUGAUAGCUCAUCUUUUCAAUGCACCACUUGGAGAGUCAGAAACUGCCGUUGGUGUUGGCACCGUGGGGUCUUCAGAGGCCAUCAUGUUCAGAAUUGGAAUUGCAAUAUUGGCUCUUAACAACUAUGAGGACAUCCAUGUCAUUGUUGAAGUUGCUGGUCUUCAAUUGUGGUUCGGUGCAUAUAUCUUGUGCAAACACUCUCCCACCGAUAAGGCAAUGAAGAUAGCUAGGAAUCAAUGGAUAUGA